AGCACCCUCUUGAUGCUGCAAAAAACAAGCUUAAAAAAAGCCCCAUUUAUUCCUCGUGCUUUUAACCCACCUCUCCGUCCCACAUUUUCAAAGAUAAAACCCAUUUUCUCCUUCUCUUCCUCAGCUAAUCAUCGCAAUUUCGAACAGAUCCUUGAAUGCAGCUGUAAGUUCAAAAGAUCUUGGUAUUUCGGUUUCGAAUCAUUCUCUGAAAACCUGAAGUAUGUCGUGUUCACCGGAAUUUAUGGGUCAGAAACCGGUGAGGUCGCCUGAGAAGCCUAGCUUUAGUCAAACUUGUAACUUGUUGAGUCAGUACUUGAAAAAGAAAGGUAGCUUUGGAGAUCUAACGUUGGGAAUGACAUGCAACGUAGAAGGUAAUGGGAAACCGGAGAUGCUACGUCCUACCAUGAAUUUGUUUCCUGUCAAUCCGAUGUCAGGUGAUGUUUGUGGCCGGAACGUUGGAGCUCCUAGGAACUUGAGAUCCAUGGGUUUGUUCCCCCAACAAGCUGGUUUUUCUGCACCGGCUUCUAAGGACGAUGGUCUGAAAAGGGAUGAUUCUAGUGUUACCAGCUUGAACAAAUCUGCUGCAGUGGAGCCUCAAACUGCACAGAUGACUAUCUUUUAUGGUGGACAAGUGAUUGUGUUCAAUGAUUUUCCGGCUGACAAAGCUAAGGAAAUCAUGCUUUUAGCUAGCAAUGGCAGCUCCCAAAGCAACAACUUCAACCCCAAUCCUGCCAAGACAAACGCCCCCUUUACUUCCAGCAGAGCCGGCAGUCCAAUUGAAUCUGGUGUUGGAGUUCGUCCUACCUUAAAUGUGGUUCCUAAUUUCAGAAACAAUGUUACUCAGGAAUGCAUUCAACCUGCUCAGCGGCCAAUUCCUGGCGAUCUACCACUUGCUAGGAGGGCUUCACUCCAUCGGUUCCUGGAGAAGAGAAAGGAUAGGAUAACCACGAGAGCACCAUACCAGAUAAGUGGCUCGGCAGCAUCUCCUUCCAAGCGAAGCGAUAGCAAGUCAUGGCUGGCUUUGGCUGCUCAAUCGCUGCAGUAGUCUGGGAGCCAAGUUCAAUUCUUUUUGAAGGCUUCUUUUUAGCCUGUUAUCCCCUUUUUUUUCAGCAGGUUUAAGCCUGCUGUUUCCUAAGCUGUUUAUUUUUGCUUCUAGUUAUCAGCUCCAACGAGCCCUCUCAGAUCCUAACUCUCAAUCAAAUCUCACUAUUAGUUUCUUGUAAUUAUUUUUAUUAAAAAAAAUUCUUAUUUGAUGUUAA